AUGAGAGAAUGCAAGGUCAGGGGGCUCAUUUCCAGCUUUGGUGACACGGAAGAGCGGGGUUAUUUUAAGGCGCCGACAGACUUGUCAAUGACAGCCUGGUUAGGUGCCUUACCUGCCAGAUCUGGUGGCCUUGGCCAAACCGCGAUAUCCGAAUUUCGAACCUAUCGCAUCGGAACUCAACCCAACAGGGUAUCUGAAGUGAUGCUAGACCUUGGCCAGUUUCACUCUUGCAAGUAUUGUCAGGGUUUCAUCAUAGACGUUGACAAACACUCGCCCAAAGCCAACCACGGGACAUUCCGCGGUCCUGAACCAGAUAUUUUCGGAAACCCACAGACAACACUUUUCUUCGAUCGCAGUCUAUCCGACGUCCUCGAAGGGAGUGUCAGAGGAUGUAAAUUCUGUGAAUGGCUUGACGAAAAUUGGCGGACAAACUUUGGCGACCGUUAUACCCAGCUCAGGAGCUGCGCACAGUACUCGCAAAUCUGCGCCGAGACCUAUAGCCGCUCAUUGAUUGACCGGCUACCGUUAGAUGACAUUGAGUACUUUGGACUCUGGGAGAAUGAACUACCGAGUAGUCAGAUAGGAGGUCGAUGCCAUGUACGAACCAGGGCCCAGAUUGACGUGUUCACCACCAAAGAUGACCUAGCUGCAAACUUCAUCUGGAAUCGACCGAUUAACCAGGAGCCUGGAAGUCAAAAGAACCUAGAACUUGCACGGAAUUGGCUGGAUGAGUGUCGCACGAGUCACCCAGACUGUGGCUCCAUCCUAGAGCAAAGAUAUAUGCCGACUCGUGCCCUAAAACUGAACAGUCAAGCGAAGUCGUUGGAGGCCACCGUACAUCUGGUGAUCAGGCCCCCUGUCGAGCCAUACGUUGCUUUAAGUUAUUGUUGGGGCGGCGAUCAACUACAUAAAUCGACCAAAGCGAAAAUAGAAUCUGGUAACUUCAGCAUCGAUGUAAGAGGGCUGCCGAGUUGUUUACGAGAUGCAAUCAAGACUACAAUGAGUUUGGGUCUUCAAUGGCUUUGGGUUGAUUCCCUAUGCAUUAUACAGGACGACAUCAGCGACAAGAUGAUUGAAAUCGAUCAGAUGCCAAGCAUUUACGCCAACGCUCUUGUGACAUUGUCCGCGUCAAAAUCUGCCGCUGUAGCAAGCGGAUUUCUAGAACCAAUAGACUACGUAAAGAACACAUCCAUGGCGGUUAAGCUGCCGUUCCGAUGCCCAGAUCUUGAGGAUAUGCAUGGUAAUGCGUACGCGAUGGUCAUGCCGGACAGUAGGGCAAUUGAUCCUAUUCAUCUGAGGGCUUGGACUCUCCAGGAACGCUACCUAGCGCCUAGAGUCCUCGAGUUUUCUUCACUACAGAUGCGUUGGGUUUGCAAUUACACGGUACCCGACGAGAAACAGGGCUAUUCAGAUGGCUGGAAGCGUGGUCAAAACCCAGAAGACUCUGGUAUUGUGACUGCCAUGUCGUACCACGACAUAGUCAAACAAAUUGAGAGUCUUCGCAAGCAUCCCGCCCUCGAGUGUAGCAUAGGAGACGACUUGCGAGGAUUCUGGGAAGCAAUUGUUCACACCUAUACAGCCAGAAAUAUGACAGAUUCAAUGGACCGCAGUCUGGCUAUCUCGGGGAUGGGUAAAGCUCUGAGCGCACUUUACCCGGAUAAGUACCUCGCCGGACUCUGGAGGAGAUCUAUGCCCAGUCAACUAUGUUGGACAAUUGCCACUCCGGAAAAUGUGUAUUCUCCAGGAAGUGUUCCCAGGGGCAAAAGAACUCUGCAUCCGCGACCUUGGAGAUACCAAGGGCCGUCGUGGUCGUGGACCGCAGUCAACGGGACGGUUGACGUCAUGCUAGGUCGCGCCUGCGACAAAGAUUGCCGAGCCCAACUACUCGAUGCCUAUAUCGAAUUAGUUGAGCAGAAAGCAGAGCACGGGGCAGUCAAGUGUGGCAUUCUAACGCUCAAGGGAAGAAUGAGACGAGUCAUGUGUGAGGAGGUUGCACCCAUUGACGAGUAUGGGGCCUUUGUGAGAGAAUAUUCGUCGAAUCCAGAAGACACGACAAAUCAGUUCAUGCAUCUCACACGGCUUUUAUUCGACUGUCUAGACCCACCUGGAACAGUUGAAAGCGAAAUCUUCCUCUUCGAGAUCGGCAACUGUGUGUCGCUCAAGCGCCGCGGACCGGUUGGGUUGGUUCUUCAGAGAUGCCCGGGGAGGCCGCAACGUUUUACUCGCCUCGGAGUGUUCCGGAUCAGUAAGGAAUUCGCGGGACGGAUUCCGCAAAACAUCAUUGCCGAAGAUUUCAGAAACCUCAUCAACCAACCGUGGGAACAACACCUAGAAAACGAGUUGAAAUGGUUCGAUGACAUAGAACCAACAGUGAUACAAGUGGAGUGA